AUGGCCUCCAAGGCCUCCUUCAUGCGCAGGACGUCCGCGAACCCGGUCGGCCUCACCAGGUCUGACGUGCUGGACAUCAGCAGCCCCCUGAACGAUGCCGCCAGCGCCAUCGUGGACGACUCCUUCCUCCGCUGCUUCACCUCCGCCGUGGACGAGCCCUGGAAUUGGAACUUCUACCUGCUCCCCCUCUGGAUCCUGGGCGUCGUCCUGCGCAACGCAAUCAUCUUCCCCCUGCGCCUGCUCACCCUCCUCCUGGGCGCCCUCGUCUUCAUCGUGGCCUUCAUGGUUGCGGAGGCCCUGCCCGCAAAGCACCGCACCCUGGCCGAGCGCAGGGUGGUGCAGUUCAUGGCCCAGAUCUUCGUCACCUCCUGGACAGGCAUGCGGGAGGGGGAAUGCGUGAUCCGGUACCACGGGCCCCGCCCCGUCUCCACGGCCAACCGCGUGUGGGUGGCCAACCACACCUCCAUGAUCGACUACGCGGUGCUGUGCGCCUACACGCCCUUUGCCGCCAUCAUGCAGCUCCACCCCGGCUGGGUGGGCCUGUUCCAGAAGCGCUACCUCAACUCCCUGGGCUGCCUGUAUUUCAACCGCACGCAGGCCAAGGACCGGACGCUGGUGCACCAGCGCAUGCGCGACCACGUGGCCGACCCCAACUCCAUGCCCCUGCUCAUCUUCCCGGAGGGCACCUGCGUGAACAACGAGUACUGCGUCAUGUUCCGGAAGGGAGCCUUCGACCUCGGCGCCACGGUCUGCCCCAUCGCCAUCAAGUACAACAAGAUCUUCGUGGACGCGUUCUGGAACAGCAAGCGCCAGUCCUUCACCGCUCACCUGCUCAAGAUCAUGCGUUCCUGGGCGUUGGUCUGCGACGUCUACUUCCUGGAGCCGCAGAGCAAGCAGCCGGGGGAGAGCUCCCAGGAGUUUGCCGAGCGCGUGCAGGCCAUGAUCGCGAAGCGGGCGCGGCUCACGGUCGCGCCCUGGGACGGCUACCUCAAGUACUACAACCUGGCCGAGAAGCACCCCGAUCUGAUUGAGAGCCAGCGGCGGACCUACAGCGCCAUCAUCAGCAAGCAUGUGGUGCCGCUGUGA